GGUUCGCAGUUGUUCGGUGCACCACACUUACCUUUAGUUAGCAAAAGCCAAAACAUCGGGUUUCAAGCAUGGAUACAGUCAGGCCAGAACCCAUGGCCAUCUAACGACGAUCAAAGUUCCUUGACGAACUCCGUUUACCUCACACCAGGGGUUUCCCCCGUACGCACUGAUUCCGAAGUGAGUCUGGAUAGACCUAACCGAAAGUUGGCUGGAUGGUUAACUCGCCAUCGGCGCAAAGGUUUUAUUAAGACAUCCGAUCAAAAGUGGUACCAGUUCGACGAUGACAGGUGUAAAAUGCUGGCAUUUAAUGGACCGGCGGAUACGGUGCCUCUGGAGACAAUCGACAUCGCUCGUGCAGCGUUCACGGUCGAUCUGGAGUUUUCAGACAAACCUGCUUGCUUUUCGUUGAGUAUUGAUGGACAAAGUAUAAAUUUGGAGGCGCCUUCCAGCGAGGAUAUGAAGGAGUGGAUCCGUGAACUGCAAAAGCGAAGAGAAUUGUAUUUACGAUCCAAAUCCAUUGACGGGAUAAGUGGAACUCAAAAUUGUUCAACAAAGAUAAAGAUUCUUCGUCGAGAACUGAUAAAGUCAGGAAGCGAUUCGGAUGUGAUCCAGGCAGCGCUCGCAUUAUCUGGCGGUGAUACCAGUGCAUUCAUCAGUUUUAAUGAUGUUUUGAGUAGUGAUAAUCGAAAUGGAAUCAGCGAACGAGCGAAACCAGAUUCUACCAGAGUGACUGCUCCUCCUGUUACCAAGUCGGAAAGUAGUGAACGGGCUCCGAAGAAAUCGUCGGUUACCGCUUUGAAAAAUAUUUUCUCAACUGAUAAAAGCCAACAGAAAUUCGACAAAGCGAUGGAGGAUCGAUAUUUGGUUAUGAAAGACGAGCUGCAGAUGGCGAAGGACGAACUUUCCGCAAAUAAGGAAAUUGUUAGAAUUUUGCGACAUCAGUUGGACUUUGCCACAAAAGAAAAGGAAGCGCUUAAAACUCUGGUGGGGAAUACCGAUACGGAGCAAAGCCAGCUGAAGAUUUUACGAGAUCGGUGUCGUCAUAUCUUGGAACUUGAAGAUACACUUCGAACAAUGCGUAGUGAAAACGAAGGUUUACAUCAACGCAACCAAAUCCUGAAAUCCGAGCUGAUGGAAAUUGCGCAGCAGACGUCUGGCUUGCGCGACGAUUUGAGAAUGAAAGAUCGCGCUAUAGUUUUAUUGAACGAACAAAUGGCUCAAAUGGAAAAAAACGGUCCUCGAGAAGGUAGAGCUUUAUCUCAACGUUCUGUUAACGAAACGGAAGAUCAGCUCCAGCGAACAAAAGAGAUGUUAGCGGCAUAUAAAGACAAACUAGCCUAUCUCAAUGAAGAGAUUGUCGGCCAAAAUGCAAUGCGAAACGAUAUGGCGGUAAGAGAGCAGAAACUCUUAGCUACCUUGGCUGACUGGGAAGCAAAAUACGCACGACUGGAGAGCCGCCACUUAUUUAACCUGAAAGACUUCACGCAGAGGAGCAGCGAAGGAACAGCAACAGAUGCCGAUGUUGCCAAAAUUAAACAGAUGAUUUUGGACGAGGCACUUGGUGGCUCCGAAGAAUCUUCUCAUGAGAAAGCCUUGUUGGAAUGCGACAGAUAUGGCUUUUUUACCAGUCGACUACAUUACACCAACGAAGAGUACCUGGAGCGGAAAGCCCUGGAAGCUAACCGGAAAGAGCACAUGGCCAAAAUACGACAAGACCCAUUUUUUAUGGAGCAUCUACAUCGGUGGGAGUCUUUUUUGGCAAAACAAACGCGGUUAAUACAGAAGACAGAGGAGCUGAAAAAUCUGAUGCGAAUAGGAUGCCCUGAUGAGCACAGAAGUCGUGUUUGGAAAAGCGCGAUCGAAUGGAGUGUCGCCAGUGUGAAAACCAUGAAAGGACCAAAAUACUAUCAGUCUCUGGUCCAUGAAACAAGUUCUCCCUUAGCGUCAGCUGCCGCCAAGCAGAUAAAAAUUGACCUUUGCCGCACCCUUCCCAACAAUAUCCAUUUCAUGAAUAUGGAUUCUGAUAUGAUUCCGAAACUGGAGGAGGUGUUGGUGUCUUUCAGUAAACACAAUCCUGGAAUUGGAUACUGUCAGGGUAUGAACCGGUUGGCUGCCGUUGCUCUCCUUUUCUUGAACGAAGAAGACUGUUUCUGGUGCCUUGUGGCCAUCGUUGAUUACUAUCUGCCGGGAUAUUUUUCGGUAAACAUGUUGGAAGCUCAGGUCGACCAACGGAUAUUCCGGGAUUUGUUUGCUGAAAAACUUCCCAGACUUUAUGCCCAUCUCUCGAGUUUUUUGGAUGUUACUUUAUAUUCCUUUAAUUGGUUUUUGACGGUGUUUGUUGACAACAUGCACCCUGAUAUAUUUUUGCCGAUCUGGGACGCUUUCCUGGUUGAAGGGAAGAAGAUUUUGUUCCGCUUUAGUAUUGCCAUGUUCAAAUACUUUGAGGACGAGCUGUUACAAUUAACAGAUCCUACUGUGGCUAACCGAUUUUUGAGAAAUCUGGGUGACCGAGUUACGGAUUUGAAAAAGCUGCAGAAUGUUGCUUUCCAAACCCUUAAUCCAUUCCCGAUGAAAUUUAUCAAAGCAAGGCGAGCUGUUCAUCUUCCAGAGAUUCUGGCGGAAAUGCGACAGCUCGAUCAACUUAGAGCGAGCAUUCCACAGACCUCAGGGGCGGCGGAUGAUGAUGACGAAUAAACUACUGCGUCUUUGCCGCAUGCCAAUGAAGCCAUGCUUUAAUCUAAUUUUUACUUUUGUAUUUUGUGCAGUCGUUGUGGUAAGAGCGAACGGAAGAUUACUGGUCUAUGUCUGUGAUUGCUGGUUUAUAUGAAAGCUUUAAUUGAAGUAGUUAAGAGAUUAUAUUUUUUUAGAAAGACUCCAAAGAAUUGGAUUAAAACUUAACGGUACCGCAAA